AUUAUUAUCAUAGCAUAAAUAGCUAUUUGCACAAAAAUAAACACUUGUAGCCACGAGUGCUCUGUCUUUGGCUAAUGAAAAAAUACGGACUUAAUGUUCCAUGUGUCCCAUCAACCUCGAAUGCAGGAUUAUUAUCAUCAGUCCGGUUGGUUGUGGCUGUCCUCUCCUGUGCCUCUGGUAAACGCUGGCCAGACGAUCCGACCUCCUCGGUUUCUUGAACUUGGAGAAGAUGGUGCGCGUGCGUUCGCUUUACGUGAUAGUAGAAGGAGUUAUACACCCGGUACUCACUCGAGCAGCCAUCAAUCCCACACACUACGCGAAAGUCCGGGCUGCGACUGUGCAUGGUAUUAAUGUGACUCAACAACUGUUUUAGAGUCAGCGCCACAAAUAUGUAACACAAGAAACAACGCCAAAUCAUGUUGGACAAAAAGAGGAUUCGAAAAGACGAUAGGAAGGUAAGGAUGUGUUGCUGCGGCAAUUCUGACGGCCGUAAUCCAGUCGUUGCUAUGGUAACUCCCGCCGGCACCACUUUGCAGCAGGUCAACCGAGAUCAACCAUGGAUUUACGGCUAUGUGCGUCACCUUACCUGCGCGCCAUUUACGCUGUAUCGACGUCCACUAAUUUGAACCGUUGGAACCAGCAACACUUAAUUGGAUGAGUGUCUCCUCAAAGAACUUCUUGUGCGCAAGUUAAAUUUAGCUAAGCGAACCAGCUACCUUAACCAUUAGCAUGGAGGGACUGGAUAAUGUCACCGCAUCAGUUUUAAGAGCUGCAAACAUCAGCGAGGAAAUGCUGAGCACCUUGUCUCGAGAAGACUUGCGGGAUCUGUUUCCAGGCCCAGAGAACUUUUUUCGGAGAAAAGCAGUGUGGAGUUUGUGUCAUGAUGUGUCAGAGGAUGUCAGUUUCUUAGUCAUAUGACUUAAAAUAAUCACCAAUUAUUAUUCUGCAUUGCUGUUCAUCGUAACACAAUUAAAUUGUGCAUUUUCCACUUCCACAUUAUCUUUCAUGUUGCAGCAAACUGUCCAAGAACACUCUGGAAAUUCCUCGAUUAAUGAUUCACCAAUGCAAAAAACAUUGACUCCUUUUAUAAGCAAAGCCUGCAAAGUACACAACCCCUGAAAAAGUUGUGAAGUUAUCAUUCCCGGAAUAUGUGUUGCACACCGACACUGAACUUGAGCAAGUCCGAAAACAGUACUUCGAGUUGUCUAAAACGGGCUUAGAAAGCACCUGCCAUAUGUCAAAGGAACUCAGAUGCAGACUCAUCCGAAACACCAUGACCAGUAUGAUGGCAAUUCUGAGGGCAAGAGGGGAUGAAGGAUCCGACAGAUACCCAUCAAAACCAGAAAUUACAGCAAUGGCAAAAAGAAUAGUACAAUAUUACCCAAUGCUGCAGGAUAAAGGCCUGAAGAAUACAUGGGUCACUGUGUUUACACAGCUGUACAAACGACUGCAAAAUGUGAGAUCUCCCCAAAAACGCAAAAAAGAUGGGAGUCAUUCAAAGAGCUCUACAAAGAGGCGUCAUCUUGAACACCCAGAUGACACUGAUGAAAUUGCUUCAAACGACUCAACAGUGAUUCUGGAUCUCUCCACGGAGGGUAGUAGCAGUUCAGACCCCAGCAAUAAAGAAAGAGGAGCGAAAAACCCCCAAUUGCUGCUUGAAGAAGUGACCCGUCUUACCUCCAGUCCUGAAUCUAACAAGCCUGCUGAUAGUGCCAGUCCAGAUGCAGCCAGUCAAGCAACCUUGGCCAAGCACUACAAGGCCCUACAGGCUUUGUUUAAAAGAAAAAAUCCAAACUACCAGGAUGUUUCUCAUCUUCUGGAUUUGAAAUUUGCAGCCAGAAGAUUAUUCAUUGACUCGGAUACCAUUCGUGAGGAGGACAGACCUGAAAAGAUUCUCGAAGCUUAUCCCUGUUUUAAGGACAUUGGACAUUGCAACAGGCUGUCGAAAUUCUGCGUGUGCUGCCAUCACUGUUCCCCUCCAUGUCUGGUCUGCCCGGCGAAAGUCAGAGAUCUAAGUCAGGCUCUGGUGCAUGUCCUUGAGGAAAAAGAAGACCCCAAUUCCUACUUGAGGAAGCGCCCUCUCACAUGCCCGUCCAACUGCCUUCUAGCGGUAGGAAAUGUGCCGAUAACUACCUUUCCCAAGGACAAGGUCACCGAGGGUGCUUUAUACCUGAUGGCAUACUACUACACCCUACAUCUUACAUACCCAAAGUGUGUCGCAACUCUGAUGUCACUCAUACAAACAGAGGUCCGACUGGACAACAUUCAUGAGAGUGAUCUCACAUCAUGGUACAAAAAAAGCAUGGCUGAGUGGAAGGCUUUUAUUGGCCAGUAGGCUUGUGGUAUGCAAAAUAGCACCCACUUCUUCCCGAGGCUGCUAUCCACAUACAAUGGUGGACAAGUUGGUCAUAUGUUAAGUUUGUGAGACCUUUUCAAUGUUAAGCACUUGGCAAAUGUUAUGGGCUGAGCAAGUGUUUGUGUGAUUUGUAUAUUUUAUGUGUUUUGAAAAUAUUUUUUGUGAUAUACUGUUGUGCAUACAGUGAGCCGUAAAGAGCUCCCCCCACAAAAAGCAUGCCAGUGCAAACAUUUAUUGACGAAUAAACGUUGAAUGCGAGACUAAUUCUCAUUUACUUGCCUUAUUUUGAGCUGAUAAUGUCUUAAAUUGAGAACAAUAUUGCUAAU